CAUCAGUGCAGUACCUGUGGACAGCGGCGACCAGAAAGGCCUCCAGGUUGGGGGCCAGCUGCCCGGCGGUGUGCAUGUGGGACCUCAGCAGCAGAACCAGCAGCUCCUCCUGACCCCAGCCAGCCUCCAGCUCGCUCAGCUCCAGGCCCAGCUUACUCUCCAUCGCCUCAAACUGGCUCAGGGGGGCAAUACAGCCACUGCCGCCACUGUUCUCAAUCAGGUUCUUUCCAAUGUCGCCAUGUCCCAACCCCUGUUCAAUCAGCUACGGACUUCGACUAUGGUUGGGAACCCACAGGGUGCCUUCCCCACGGGUGUGCUAGGUUUUCCCUCUUCAAAUUCGGCCUUGGGAGCCUUGGUCAGUGGUGGAUUCAACCAAAACCCAGGGAAUGUGAGACUAAACCAUCCUGGUGGAGGGGGAGCAGUGGGCCAACAGGGUGCGGAGUAUGGUAAAAAGUCAGGUUCAACUUACCCUUCUGAUACUGACAGGCGUCAUCAGUACAACUUUAUUGGGGGGACAUCUGCGGCAUCAGCCACUGCUGGUGAUGGACAGUACUCAGUGAUAAACACUCAGGCAAAAAACAUGAACAGUGUUGGUUUUCAGAGAGAUUUCUAUGGGCAAGAUGUUCUGGGGCAGAAAUCUGGGUUUAGCGUCAAUGAGCAGAAUGUGAAUGUUUAUAACUCCACUGGGAUUAAGGAGCAAUGGAAAGGCCCUGCUAACUUGAGUCAACCUGGAAAGGUUGAUAUGGUUUCUAAGGCUGCCAAUUUGUGGACAGCAGCUGGGCAGCCAAUUCGGUCCAGAACGGAACUGUACAACCCAGAGGAGCCAACCGCUGACCCCAAGUUCAAUCCCAGUAGCGGGGUUUCCUCUUUCGGUUCAAGUGGCGCACAGGGGUUUGGGGGCUACCAGACCCUGCGUGGAAGUGAGGACACCCUAUCUUCAGGUAUCAGGACACUUCAGCCUUACCAAGUCAAUGAUUACCAUGCUGUCACACCCACUCAACUACCACACCAGUGUAGCAUCUGUGACAAGAAGGUCUACAACCUCAAGGACUGGGACCAGCAUGUGAAGGGAAAACUACAUCUGCAGAACCGAACGUUGUACACAAACGAAAGCUCCGCAGUGGUAUCAGCUGGGGCUGUUCACUAUGCUGUCGGCAGGCCUUCUGAUGGAGGUCUGAACACCGGAGCGACAAACUCUAUGGUCUACUCUACUGCAAGUCAAGAUGUAUCCUCAGGAGCCAAUACAGCAUACUUGCCAGCUGCAGCCAUGAAGACUUAUUCCAUGUCAGACGCAGGAUUUGCCUCACACCAGCCAGAGUCAAAGGUCAGACAAACCUUUGGGUUAGUCUCUCAGGAUUAUUAGAGUUUGCCCUUGGUAUAUAAAUACAAUUUUGUGACAGGCUAUAAAGAAUGCUAGUGGUAAAGAACCAGCUGUCAUUUUAGAACAUCCAGUUAUUAAAUAUUAAGUGAUAUUGUUAUAUUGUCAUAGUUAUAGUGAAUAAUUACUUGCUGACUCAUAUCA